AUGCUGCAACCUCGCGAAUCGACCUCGACCGACGACGACGACCUCGCUCGCUCGCUUCCGGCCUGGUCGGAUGCCCCCAUCCCCUCGGCCCACGUUGUUUCCAUCCAUCCACCCCCUCUCUCGCCCCGUUCCUCGUGUCAAAUCGCCCGCUUCCGCUCCCUCGGUCACAGUGAUACUUCAAACGCCGGGACUGAUGGGCGCGAAUCCCCCGUCGAGGUCUUCGACGGAGGUCAAGGGUGGGAGCGUACAUCCCGCCCCAAUUGCCUGAAACGCAAACCUCCUUUCCCUGUGUUUCAUCACAGUACUACAAGAAAAUCCCAAGGAUAUAGACCGGUUCAAGCCAGCAUGAAGCGACAAUCUGCCUCACCAAUUCUCCUUUUCACCUUGCUGUCUGGUGGCCAUUGGGCAGCUGCACAACAUACAUCGACCGUCCCUGCAGUGGACGUGGGCGUUUAUGAUUGGGGAUGUGUUGGUGGCUGUCUGCAGGGUCUCAAUGCUACCGCCGCAAUCACAUGCCCUACACCAGAUGAUGAGAACAAGAUGUAUGAUUGUGUUUCUGGAUGCAGUGCAGAUGUUGCAGCUCAGAACAUGUAUGUUGCAGGUUGGGAAAUACAGGUGAGUUCAGACUUGGAGCAGGACAGGGAUCUACCUGCAGCUGAAGUCACACUUCACAUUGAGCAGAACUUGAAAACCACUGCAGUGGGAUGUGUUGGCGGACAGAAUUCUACCCAGAAUUCAACCGCUACCGGUACGGCGCGUGUUUCUGGAGCCACCACGAGCGCUGGUAUAACCACCAGCACAGAUCUACCCUCUUCCAAGAGUCAGCAGACCAAAUCUGCGUCAUCGGCUUCAACAACAGCGGAUGGAUCAUCUUCCACAACCUCCGGAGGUGUUGUCUUGGCUUACAGCUCGGCUUUCAUAUUUGCCGCUCUAGGGCUUGGUCUAUCAGCAAACAUCUUCUGA